GGAAUCAUGUGCAGAUCUCGAGGGUGUUCAUGAUAAAGAUGAGUGAGUGCUUAUGCAUCGUAGGCUUAGAGAUCAAAUGGUCCCGCUAUUCCCCGAAGAUUGAAAGCCACUGCGCGCUUCAUGUGGAAUGUGUGCGAUGAGAUCACCUGGGAAGGCUGGUUGGUUCGACGGCGACGACAUGGGGUGGGCUUGAGAAUGGAAUCGUCCAUGAAAUCAAAAACCAAAACACGAACAGCAAAGAACAAGAAGCGUACACGCACAAAUCACUCUUUCCUCCCGGGUCGUCUGUCCUGGUCUUGGUCUUGGCCUGCUCCUGCUCCUGCUCCUGCUUCCUGCUUCUGGUGUUGCGGCAUCUUUGCGUUUGCAGGCCGCUGUUCGUCUUUUUUGUUCUUGGCCCGGCAAUCCUCGGUCAUGUCCAACACAUGUCGCCAACAUAGCCAGCGGCCUCUCCUCGGGAUGCUCGAUGUGGAAGUUUCGCUGGGACUGGAUGACAUCGCCAAAGUUAACCAAGUCGCCCAUGUUGACCUCGCGCCUCAUUUCCUCCACCUGUUUCCGGGCCUUCGAGAUGCCUUUUCGCCCUCGGUCGCCAUGAUGUCUAAGUUUUCGCAAUGCCCGACACGCUUGGUGAAAAUACUCGGAACAUUCCCACUUCCACCACACGAGAGAGUGGGCGAGUGCCCAGGGAACACCAUCAACACAUCCCAUUGAGCUAUUCGUGAUGCCAACAUCUUGACUGCUCUGUCAUUUCAAAGUUACCAGCGCGUCAGAGUCUACCACUGUCAGGAGCGAGGUCACCAACCUCGUUGAAUUUUGCAUUUGCGCGGA